GUUUGCUCCUGUCAGCCGCCACGCUUCCCUUCGAAUCCUCCUCGCCGUCGCUCGUCGCCUUCCCCUGCGCCAAAUCGACGUUGCCACCGCCUUCCUCUACGCCCCAGUCGACGCCGACAUCUUCGUGGAGCAGCCCCACACCUAGGUCGACGACCCAACGAUGGUCUGCCAACUGCUCAAAUCCCUCUACGGGAUCAAGCAGGCUCCGCGCCUGUGGCAGCAGUACCUGCACUGCAUCCUCACCGACAUGGGCUUCGCCCAGCUACCGCACGACCAGGGCAUGUAUUGCCCGUCCCGCAGCGGCGACUAUGUCCUGCUGAUCAUCUAUGUGGACGACCUGCUCUACAUUGGCUCCACCACUUCCAUCACGAUCUAGUUUGAAGGCGAGCUGGAACUCCAGCUCACAAUCACGAUCGAACCAGCUUGCUACAUACCUUAAGCGACCUGAAGGGGGGAAUCUGGCGGAACUCGACCGCGCGCUCCACUACUUAGUCUCGACCCUGACGAUCAGACUAACCUACCACAAGAACGCCGCGACUAAAACCGAACUCAUCGGCUACGUCGACGCCGAUCACGCCAGCGAUAAGGACAACCGCCGUUCAUGCACCAGCUUUAUCUACCGCCUGGAACCUAUCAAAAAUAUCUCCUGGCACUCGGGAAAGCAGAAAUAAAUCGCCCUCUGCGUAGCUACAAAGGAAGGACUGUGUGCGAGCUGCUCGAAGAGGCGAAGAAUCCCGAGUUACCGACCUUCUCUCUCUGCUGCGACAACCAAUCGGCAAUCAGAAUCGUAAAAAAAAAAGGAUUCGCGAACGGGAAGAAGCACAUCUCGCUUCGUGACUACUUCGUCAAGGACGAAAUCGAGCAGGGCCGCCUCCAAUUGGUCUACUGCCCACCACCGAAAUGGCAGCUGACUACUUGACCAAGAAGCUGAUGAAGGCCAAGUUCCAGUACUGCAUGCUGCUGAUUGGACUGCAACACGUCAGUGACAUCGACCAUAUCGACACUCCAGAAAUGAAGGAGGGUGUUGGAAAUGAUAAAAGGACUUAAGGCAUUUUCGGAGUCUUGCGUGAGUAUACGAAAUACAUAAAGACUACAACAGCGAGGAUAACCGAGUCAACACCGCUACAGUUACCCUGACGAUUCACGCAGUUUGACGACACCUCACAGAGGUUAUUAAAAGGGCAAUGGUCACAGAUCGUUGACCGUGCAACCCAACAGUCAGAAUCACAAGAGUCAAGAGUCAGCGCGACAGUAAGGAAAAAUAACCGUCUCGAUAUUACAGUACGGGUGGUUACCCAAGUCGCCUUUAUCGAGCCGUAAAUGGGAAUGUACCCCUCGAAGUGCAAAACAGUUAGACUCUUCAUAUUCUCUUGUAUUGUUAUAUGAACAUUGUAUCCCUUUGCUAUCAUCAAGCACUUUGUAAGGAAUUACAAUUCCUUACUGGGGCUCGCCACAGCAAGUACACGCAAACAGUUCGCGUCCCCAGGCUCGGCCCUCAAGUCACGCGCCAAACCAGCCCCCGCCGACCUCGUCGGCCCCAACCUGAUCUCGAGUCGCCCCGAACCCAUUUUGACCCCGUCACCCUCGGAACUAUUGAGCCGUUGACUGGUCCAACCCUCGACAUUCAACCCUGGUCAAUCGCCCUAUAUAUUGCGUAGGCCUCAUUUCUAUCAUAACUCUGUAAUCACGUUCCCCUUAUAGU